ACGUACAAACCCAUCAGCUUCACGAGCGCUCUCAACUAUUCUGGGAAUUGAAACUAGCUGCGAUGAUACUGGUGUUGCUGUUGUCAAUGGAAAAAGAACAAUUUUAGGAGAAUCGCUUGCUUCACAGACACCUACGUCGGUCAAAAUGGGUGGUGUGAUUCCACCACUUGCACAAAAGCUACAUGUCGAAAACAUCGGAGGUACCGUCCUGACAGCCAUAGAAAUGUCGGGUGUUUCGUGGGAUGAUUUGGAUGCCAUUGCUGUCACUGUCAAACCUGGGAUGGCGUUAUCUCUAAAGAUAGGUGUCACGUAUGCUAAGCAACUAGCCGUGAAACACAAUCUGCCUAUCAUCCCAGUACAUCACAUGGAAGCGCAUGCAUUAACAGCAAUGUUGACAGAUGAAAGUUUGACUUUCCCAUUUUUAGCAUUGUUAGUAAGCGGUGGACACUCGCUUCUUGCUCUUGCUAAAGAUGUGGAUGAGUUUCUCCUGCUUGGCACCUCGCUUGAUAUGUCCCCUGGGGAUUGCUUGGAUAAAAUCGCUCGUCGCUUGCAUCUUGCGACUCUUAACAAUGCAAUGUACAGCCAAAUUCCUGGUGGAAUGGCAAUCGAGCUAAUGGCCCGUACUAGUUGCAGGUCCGGAGUCUAUCCCAUGCCCACACCAAGGAGCACCGUACGAGAUUGUGACUUCUCCUUUUCGGGCAUUCGUUCAGCGGCCGAUCGGUUGAUUGCUCGCCUAGAAAAGGAGCAAGUGGAUGGGAUCCUACCCGUUGGCGUUAUUGCCUCCAUUUGUGCUUCCUGUCAGACUGCUGUGACUCGACUUUUCUGUAGACGCGUGCAAAGAGCCAUUGAGUUUUGCGUGCUCAACUCACUUCUACCAUCCUCCGUUGUAUCCGGUGGUGUAGCCAGCAAUCUGUUUAUACGGAGUGAACUAACCAAAGUGGCUGCGCACUACGGAAUGCGAUUAGUCGCACCUCCACCGCGGUUGUGCACUGAUAACGGAGUAAUGGUUGCCUGGAAUGGGGUGCUGCUGCACUCCAGGGGAAAGCGAAUCGAGCACGAUCCUAGUGUAAUCGACUUCAGCCCGAGGGCGCCUCUUGGUAAAGACAUUCGCACCCUUGUCGCGAACGCAAAUAUUCAAAUAAAGCCUCUGCAACUGGCCAGAUCUCAAUCAUCAGGAGAUGGCAAUUCCUAA